AUGGAGGACAUAACAUCUACGCUCUCUACACUUCGCCUUGCGUCCAACCUCACACACGCAACCGACGAUAUCAUGCCGAAAAGACAACGCGAUAGUGACGACGAAUCUGCUCGGAAUGACGGCGUUGGGCCGAAGAGACAACACGGGAGUGAAGUCAUUACACCUGAACCGCAGCCUUCCGACCUCAUCGCCGCUCUCCAUGAGUUCAUACAAGAAGAGCGCAGGUCCAACUUCUCGUUCUUGUCACAGCACAGUCACUGUCACAAGCAUCAGAACGAGCUACUCGUAGUAUCUCAGGCCAAUGCCGAAGAUAUCGAAGCAGUACGUGCUAUCGCUCGGCACGAUACAAGUGUCCAUAGUGACUGGUAUACCUUCACCGAGCCGCUGAGGUCGGACGGCUACACCCGUACCGUUGUGAUCGAUACCCCAUCCGCGAAAUGUGUUGCUGAAGACAUGAUCAUCACCGAGUUUGGCAGGAUCAGGAAAACCAAGCGCGACGCAGCUGCAUGGAUCCGCGAUACGUACUGCACUGCCGAAGACGAUAUGUGGGCGAUGAGGCUCCCGGAAUCGCAAUACGAGGAGCAGCGCUUGUGGUGGGAAGGUACAGGGCAAGCUUUCCGGCUGCUGGACUUACCUCUAGAGAUGCGCGAAGCCAUCUACCUACACGUCAUCGGGCCAGUCGUUGUUCCGGACGUCGUUACACAGCCUGGUGGCGCGGAGAAGCUUGUGCUUGGAUAUGGACUGUCGUACGACAAUCCCGAGCGCGUAGGGCGCAAUCGAGAUCCCAAUAUCCAGCGUCCUAAUAUGGAGAUCAUGCGCGUCAGUCGCCAGGUAAAGGAUGAAGCCACCCAAGUCGCCAACCGCGAUACUGUGAAGCGAUUCACCACAAUUCGCACGCGUGGGGACGGCAUCGGGCCCGCCGCGUCACCUGAAAAGAUCUGGCGCCAACUCAGGCGGAUAGUAAUUCCUGGUAACUUCCUGAAGAAGCUUCAGAUUGAGAUGACUGCGACAGAAUUCUUGGCAUUCGGGGGCAUUUGUCCUCAACUUGGACAACCGCUUCAGAGGGGCGUUGUUCCAAUUAAUGUCAUUUCUAUGGCUGGGUUAGGAAACCUCGACAUCAUCGAUUUUCGCUUCAUUGGUCCUGAACAUGAGCUUGCGAACUGCCCUUGGAGACCGCUUCAUCCAUGCCAAAAGAAGUGGAUUGACAUAUUUUUCAUCACCGCCUGGAAUGGUCUUGUCGCUCUCAGAAAUACAAAAGGAACCAAGUACACAAUGAGCGGUUGCAUCAAAGAUUCUACCAGGAAUUACUGGACGGGGCUACUGAACGACAAGCGCAAUAACCAUACUGCCACUAUACAUAGUCUCGAACAGGGUCUUCAGACCACCAUAACGAACAGUAAGUAG